GCAGCGUUGAGUGUUUGAGCAGCCAGGCGGCCAGUGUUCAUCCCAGGACGGAACAUCAGUGUAGCCGGGGCUCAACCUUCAGCUGAUCGCUUAACUUCAGGUGCUUUUGGGAAACUUACAAAAAUGGGUUGCUUUGAAUGCUGCAUCAAAUGUUUAGGCGGGGUGCCGUACGCGUCACUGGUCGCUACGAUCCUCUGCUUCUCUGGCGUUGCCCUGUUCUGCGGAUGUGGCCAUGUGGCUCUCACUGGCACCGUGACAAUCCUGGAAACCCACUUCUCCAAGGUCACUAGUGAUCAUGCCAUGUUGACUGAUGUAAUACAGCUGAUGCAGUAUGUCAUCUAUGGCAUUGCUUCGUUUUUCUUCCUGUAUGGGAUCAUUCUGCUGGCUGAGGGCUUCUACACAACCAGUGCAGUCAAGGAACUGCACAGCGAGUUCAAGACCACCAUCUGUGGCCGCUGCAUCAGUGGAAUGUUUGUGUUGCUCACAUACAUUCUGGGUGUGGCCUGGCUAGGUGUGUUUGGCUUCUCUGCCGUGCCGGUCUUCCUCUUCUAUAACAUGUGGUCUACCUGUGCCGCCUUGAAUUCUUCCGUGGUCAACGUCACCAACAUUGAUGCCAUCUGCGUGGAUGUUCGUCAGUAUGGAAUUAUCCCAUGGAAUGCCAUGCCAGGCAAGGCCUGUGGAUCUACGCUAGGUAACAUCUGCAGCACCAGUGAGUUCUACCUGUCUUAUCACCUGUACAUCGUAGCGUGCGCUGGGGCAGGAGCCACCGUGAUCGCUCUGAUCCACUUCCUCAUGAUUCUCUCAGCAAACUGGGCCUACCUUAAGGAUGCCAGUCAAAUGCAUGCCUACCAAGACAUCAAAAUGAAGGAAGAGCGGGAGCUGCAGGACAUCACGUCACGCUCAAAGGAAUGCCUCAAUUCCUACACAUAAGGAUAUUAAACUCUCACAAUUUACACACACAAAAAUACAUGUGGCCAACCACUGUGGCCCCUUUGGACCAAGACAAUGCUCAGCUAAAAUAACCUGCCAACUACUGUGCCACUGUGCAGUACUAACCAGGCUCCUAACAAACUAAUGCAUCCGUGUUGCUUUCUGCACUAACUUACCAAGAAGUAUUUUUGGAACUGCUACUUAAAAUUUCAUUUAUGCUGUAUUUUUAUUUCAUUUUCUAUUCUUUUCUGGAUGAAUUCUGUUUUGAAUUCAGAUAUUCAUGUAGUGUUUGAUUUUCUGUAGCCCUUUUUUUUGCUGGUGAAGCUUGAGACAUUGCACUAUUCUUACACAACGCAUAACGAUGUCCGUUUGUUUUACAGUCUUGCUCUGUCUUUCUUUUUGAGCUGUGGUGGCCAGUUUUCCACAAGGGAAUGUAACAUUUUAAUUUGUUUGCUCUCUUUCAAUCAAAAAAUGCAGAUGAAUUUUAUACAUCAUGACAGGCCUUAUAUCCAAUCUGAGUUAGUGUGCCACUCCUAGAAGAACCAUUGAUUUAUAAACUACUGGCGCAAGACUGGGGUGUAACAUGUUUUGCUUUGACGUCACAGUAAGGAAAGAGGUAAAAUAUAUAAUGUGGACCCAGUUUUGUUGUAAAAGUGUUUAAAGUUCAAGUGUUUAACUGCAUCUGAAUUUUAGUGACAAUCUUAAGUGUUAAUAAUUGGUUCUAGAUUCUACAUUUCAUUGUACAGCUACUUAAGUAAUUCAGAACAUUCAUGGCCUACAUUAACACUACCUCAGGUGUGUGCUAGAGAAUACACAGCAAUUUAACUAGAACAAACACUUCCCUCUUUGGAUAUCCCAUUUUAUUUGUAAAGAGAUGCCUCAGACACACAUUCUGUUUCAGGGUAGCUGCAAAGUAAACUAGGCACACACAUCAGGAUCUCUCCUACAUCCCUGGACUUAAUUGUUCCUUUGGAAAAAUCUACAGAUCUGAAGAACUGAGGGUGUGAAAAAUGUAAACUUGUUACAAGUGAGUAUUAUUUAGUUUUAUUUUUGAAGAUAAAACCACCUAAUUGUUUCUUAAUUUUCUAUAAUUGCAUCCGUUUUUGUCAUAAUGCUGACAUAGUCUCUCAUGUAAACUUUUAUUCCAUUAGUUACAGGGAUAACUUGAUGUUUCUUUGUUGCAUGAAGACAACGGUUACUGCAGUGACACACAGGAUGUGCAGUCAUGUAUACUGACAUCAGUAGUAGGCAGUGUUUGCCUGUUUCCUUUUUUUCUAACCCAAUACAAAUUAAUCCAUUUAUGUAGCCGAUUAGUUAUAGCUGGUUUUUUAGGUUAUUUUAUUCAAGUCAAAAAUAUGCGUCUUAUUGUUGCCUGAUAGUAUACCUGUAUUUUCUAUGAAUGUCAAGGGCUUCCUCGUUACUUAGUCAUGCGUAACUUUUAAUUCGACUUUCAAAAAAAAAAAAUAAAAAUUUCCAUUAUGACUCUCUGCCCUGUGUGUGUGUUUUACACAGUAUCUGAGAUACUGUAGUACAGAACCUGCAUAGUUCUCUGCAGGACUAAUAGCCACAGGUGUACAGUGACAAAAGGAGAAAGGAGGUACAUGAAGCUGAUGUACAUCUCAUUUCUAUAUGCUGUGUUUCCUGUUGAAUAACCAAAAACUAAAGAAUAAAGGCUACCCAGCAAUCACCAGGAUGACAACAAUCCAGCAUUUUGUCUGACUGAAAUCCCCUUUGACAUUAUUCAACUGUUUUUAUGAAAAUAAAAAGACAAUAAAAAAAUUAAUCUCUC